CCUCCGUCUCGCACAGUCUUCUACAUCGCCAUGGCGUUCGGUCUCUCGCUCGCCGUCAACGCCUGGGUCUUCUUCCGCUUCACGGGCUCGCUCUUCAACCCGGCCGUCACGCUCGGCCUCGCCCUCGUCGGCGGCAUCACGCCUCUUCGCGCCGUGUUCCUCGUCCCGGUCCAGCUCCUCGGCGGCAUCUGUGCGGCGGCGGUCAUCGAGGCGCUCACGCCGGGCCCGAUCCUGUUUGCGACGACGCUCGCUCCGGGCAUGAGCCCGGCUCGCGGCCUCUUCCUCGAGAUGUUCAUGACGACGAUGCUUCCCCUCACGAUCUUCCUCCUCGCCGCCGAGCGCACCAAGGUCACGCCCUUCUCGCCCAUCGGCACCGGUCUCGCGCUCGCCAUCUGCCACCUCGUCGGCAUCUACUGGACGGGCUGCGGCAUGAACCCGGCGAGGUCGCUCGGGCCCGAGGUCGUCAGCGCCUCUUUCCCCGGCUACGCCUGGAUCUACUGGCUCGGACCGGCUCUCGGUGCGACUCUCGCCGCCGCCUUCUACCGCCUUCUCAAGUGCGUCCUCCCUCUCUCUUGCCGCCUCUCGUCGGGCCAAACUUAA